GCAGGCAAAAAAUAAGGCCCAAAGAACGAGGUUCAUAACAUGCGAUGGAACCGCCCUCUUUGCUUGACCGUUUGUUUGUCCACAUCGUCUUGGAAGAGAUUAUGGCCUUCUGUUCGACCUCAUCUCUGUCCUUGGUUCGCUGUCGUUUCUCGUGAACAUGUCUCUUGCCCACGACCGAAGAGGAGGACCUGUGGCCCGCGGCAACAUAUGGGCCCUUGCGAUAUGCUUAUCGCUCCUCCUCCAGCAAACCUAUUCCCAGCUGGUUGGCUGCGACGUCCUGGACUGCAAUGGUGGGGCCAACAACGAAUGUACAAUCGGCAACACGACCAGUUCAUUCAUCGGCACAGCCUCCUUCAACACCAGUCUGUCCCCGAACAAUGAGCCGCUCACCUGGACCGUCGGGGCCUCGUCGUCGAACUCGAGCGACGUCACCUUCACGAAGAAUUUCUACCUCGGCUCCCCUCCGUCGAUGAACCUUGCGAACCCGACCGGAUUUGCAGGCUGUGCGUUGUUCUUUGAAGGGAUUGCAAGAAGUCUACCGCUCAACAGUGUCACGGAAUAUGGACCAGUCACAUGUGGGCAGACGCUGCAGGAUGCCUGUGUCAAUGAUAUCCUGUCUCAGGCCAAGCAGCAGGUACAGACUCUUGGGUCCACAAACAAUCUCGACAACCGCUCUGUGUGCACCGCUUUGCAGACUACGAUGGAAGCAAACCCUCCGCAAUCGUGCCAGACGAUAGCAACCGUUACAUGGGGAACUAUUGUCCCUAAAGAGAUUACCGGUCCUCAAUCCCCGGUUGACGCUCCCAUCGCCCAAACUACCUGCCACCCAUCGUCCAGCGUUUCGAGUGGCACAAAGUAUAACAUUGCCCUAAUUGAGACUCAAACGGUCACUUCGGAAGAUGUCUCGAGUGACAUCGCGCCAUUCUUCUACAGCAUAACGCCAGUGCUGACCGUCUUUUACAACCCAGCUGCUUCUUCGAACGCUCAGAGUCAGGCCUUGCCGGAAGCCCAUCUGACAUGCGUGAAGGUGGUCGAGGACUCGAGUCUGGUGCAGCAGGUGGGCAACGGGGCAGGAGUGGUGAGCUUGCCAAGGUCCAUGAUGGCUUUGGUCUUGGCCAUGAGCAUACUCGCCCUGGUUUAAAGCCUGCUCGUCUGUGAGGAAGAAAGAGAGACUAUCACAUUAUCUGGUCCUUAUCUCCCUAAAUUUUCAAAGACGAAAGGAAAAAAUGUGUCGAGAAGCUCAAACGCCCUUGAACGUUCGAUUACUUUACUCAUCGCCACUGUCAGCGUUGAUGACGGGGCACAAAAACAUAAGCGGCCGCCUCCUCCGUGCACUGGUGAGACGUCCAGAUGACAAACUGCUCCCGACCACGGGCCAAGGGUUUAGAUUCCAGAGCGAAUCGCCAAGCGAGAGAGGAGCCUACGGGCUGGUGGUCACUCGUUAGAAAUAUCAGCUCCAGGUCGUUGAGGAGACCUAGCACACUUAGGAUCGUCGGAUUCUUUGGGCGUUACAAGAUUCUACAAAAAGAGGGGCUGUCGUGCAUUUACGAGAAGGAAUCUCUUGGUACAAUCUCCAUCGAUUCAGGAGGCAGGCCUGACUUAACUUGACGCUUCACGCGGCAAAAUAUUCCACACAUACCAUAAAUCAUAGUGUCUAUAGACCUUAUUGCUCCCUGAGCAGGAAACAACUUCCACAACAAAA